CGUAAAUAAAGCCUAAACGGAUCAUAAAGGAGGAAAAUAGAGCACAAAUAAAGCUCUUUUUCCACAGAGAUGGUACGCCGAACUGCUACAAAAGGCUCACCAGUACGACGACGGAUAAUUGCAUCUGAUUCAGAUGAUACAGAAGAUAAUAUACGAAUACAAAAAGGAAAAAAAGAACACAUAGAAGUUGUUAUAACAGACGCACCAAAUGUUUCAUCUACUUUAUCAAUUAAAAACAUGCCAAUGCAAGUGUCACCAAGAAAAGUUACUGCAUUAGCAGCUGAAUUUUCAUCAUUGAAUGUUGAUGGAUCUAUUAACAAGGACGAACAGAUACAAAUAAAACUAAAGGGUGUAAAAAUGCAAAAAGAUCAACUAGAAGAAGGUAUAAAAACAACGUGCAAAGUAUCCGUACCCGUUCAGCGAGUACCAUUGGCAACUCUUCCCUCGUCUUUUAUACAUUCACCUUCAUCUCGAGUAACAUAUCAGCAAAUGGAUAUUGACAAAACGCCUAAAGAACGGUUGAUAAUCUCACAAUUGGUAUUAACGAAUUUUAAGUCGUAUGCGGGACGACAAUGUAUUGGGCCAUUUCAUCCAUCGUUUUCUUCAAUUGUUGGGCCAAAUGGUUCUGGAAAAUCAAAUGUUAUUGAUGCUUUGUUAUUCGUUUUUGGUUUUCGUGCAAGUCAGAUGCGUCAAAGCAAGAUUUCAGCAUUGAUUCAUAAAUCUCUUGAACAUUCUGACCUUGAAUGGUGUAGUGUAGAAAUAUAUUUUGAAGAAAUACAAGAAACUGUGGACGUUAAAUAUAUAAUGAAACCUGAGUCACGUAUGGUAAUUUCACGCAAGGCUUUCAAAAACAAUACAAGCAAAUAUAUGAUUAACAAUUGCGAGAGCAGUUAUACCGAAAUUACAUCACUCCUUCGUAAGAAAGGAAUUGAUUUAGAUCAUAAGCGAUUUCUUAUUUUACAGGGAGAGGUGGAAUCUAUUGCACAAAUGAAGCCUAAGGCUCAGAAUGAACAUGAGGAAGGUUUAUUAGAAUAUUUAGAGGACAUCGUUGGUACAUCUAAUUAUAAAAAACCAAUUGAAGAAAUGUCUAUUGAAGUUGAUCGAUUAAAUGAGCUUUGUGAGGAACGUUCAAAUCGUGUUUUUGUUGUUAAAAAAGAAAAAGAUACAGUGUUAUCAUAUAUUAAAGAUGAAAAUGAAUUAGUAAUGAAACAAUCAAAACUUUAUCAAGCAUAUGUUUUUGAGUAUGACAAAAGUGUUGAAAUAGCAAAAGAACAAAUUGAAAAAUUAAAAAAAGUGAUAGAUAUGGAUGAGUCUAACCAUAAAGCAAAUAUUAAAACAAUUAAAGAAUUGGAGAAACAGUAUGAAAGAAAUUUGAAAAAUGAUUUAAAUAAUGCUCAAAAAGAAUUUACGAAAUAUGAUCAAGAAAAUAUUAAAUUACAGGAAAAACAGAAACAUCUUCUACAAAAAUUGAAAAAAAAUAACAACUUAAUACAAACAAAUUCUCAUUCUUAUUCAGAAUCUGUAAUAUGGAUAGAAAACUAUAUUCAAGAGAUUAAAUCUUAUGAAAAUGAUAUUUGUGUUUUGAAAAAUAAAUUAGAGCUAGAGACAAAGGAAUUAGGGAAAAUAAGAUUUGAUCUUAAAGAUAAAACACAGGAUAUUUCGGAUAAGUUAGAAGUAAAACAGAAACAAUUAGAACCCUGGAUUGAACAAAUUAAUAGUAGACAAUCUAAAAUUGACGUUAUCAAUUCUGAAAUAAAGAUAUUUUUAGAUAAGGAGAAUAAAUCUCAGCAAGAAAUUCAUAAUAUUCAAGAAAGAAUUCGAUUAAUUGAAGAAGAAGAAAAGAUAACAAGAAAAACAAUACAACAAUGCAAAGUUGAUAAAGACAAUAAAGAGAAGGAACUAUUAAUAGCUAAAGAUGAAUUUGAAAAAAUGAAAGAAGAAGAAAGAAGGUUUAAGGAAAAGCUUUCUCAAUGCCAUCAAAAAGAAGAUGAGGCUAAAGCUUAUUUUUCAAAAUUUCAAAAUCAUAACUCUGUUUUAACGGGUCUUAUAAGACUUAAAGAAUCUGGGCGUAUUAAUGGAUUUCACGGACGUUUAGGAAGUCUUGGAACAAUUCCUGAUAAAUAUGAUGUUGCAAUUUCAACAGCAUGUCCUUCUUUAAAUCACAUGGUUGUAGAAACAGUUGAGGUGGGUCAGCAAUGUAUAGAAUAUCUUAGAACGAAUAAUCUUGGAAGAGCUGUGUUUAUCAUAUUAAGUCGCUUGCCUUCUAAGUCUAUGGAGCGUAUUGAAACACCGGAAAAUGUGCCACGGCUUUUUGAUCUUAUUACGCCGAAAGAGAAAAAGUUUGCACCUGCAUUUUUCAAUGCUCUUCGGCAUACACUUGUUGCAGAAAAUUUACAACAAGCUAAUCGUAUAGCAUAUGGGAAAAAAAGGUGGAAAGUAGUUACAUUAGAUGGACAAUUAAUUGAUAAGUCUGGUACAAUGACAGGUGGUGGAAACAAAGUAGCACGAGGAGGGAUGAGUAGUAAAUUGGAGUCAUAUGUGUCAAGUUCAUCUAUAGCAAAAUAUGAACAAGACCGAAAAAUUGUUGAAGAAGCAUAUCAAAUAUUCAAUUCGAAAUAUACACUUCUUCGGAAUCAAAUAGACGAAAUGACUAAAGAAGUGCCGGAGUUAGAUGUUAAAAUAUCAAUUCUUUCAUUAGAACUUUCAACACAUAAUAAUAAUAUUAUUGAUGCAAAAAAAACACUAAAAGAUGUUAGUUUAUUAUAUCAAAUAUCAUCUACAGAUGUAAAAAAAAAAAAAGAUUUAGAAAAUGAUGUCAUUGAUUUAGAAAAAGAAAAUGAAGUGACUCGCAGAAAUAUGGCAGGUAUUGAACAAGAAAUAAAACAGUUGCAGGACCGUAUCAUGGAAAUUGGGGGGAUUCGCUUGCGAACUCAAAAGGCAAAAGUAGAUAGUCUUCAAGAUCAACUUAAUACAAUUCAUGAUCGUAUUACAAAUGCAGAUGUAUCUAAAAUUAAAAAAGAAAAGGAUAAAAUAAAGUUUGAAAAAGCUAUCAACGAUAGUAAAGAUGAGUUACGAACGAUUGAACUACAACUUUCUGAUGUUAAAGCCGAUAUUUCGAAAAAAUCAAAAUUAAUUGAUAGUAUACGUUCUAAAACAGGAAAAAUUCAAGAAGAAAUAAACGAAAAGACGGAUGAAUUAGCAGAAAUAAAAUUGAAGUUGAAUAAAGAAAUAGAUGCAAAUAAUUCUGCUCGUGUAGAAGAGAUUGAGACAAAAAAUAAAUUAGAAGAAUAUAUUAAGAUUCUUUCUGAUAAUGAAAAAAAAUUAAAAUAUUGGAAAGAUAAAUUAAAAAAUCUUAAACUUCAAAAUAUUCAGGAAUAUUUUGAAGAUAGUGAACUGUUGACAUUACAAGUAUAUAAUAAGGAAGAGCUUGAGAGUAUAAAUCGAGAAAAACUUAAAGCGGAAAUCACUGCAUUAGAAGAAAAAACUCAAAAUGUAAAAAUAGAACUUGAUGUCUUAGAAGAAUAUAAGAAAAAAGAUGAAGAAUAUAGAUCUCGUAGUAAAGACCUAGAAAAUGUUAUAAAUGAAAGAAAUUCUGUUCGUUUACGUCUUAGUGAAUUGAAACAAACACGGCUCAAUGAAUUUAUGACAGGUUUUAAUUCUAUAUCUUUAAAACUAAAAGAAAUGUAUCAGAUGAUAACUAUGGGUGGAAAUGCCGAAUUGGAACUAGUAGAUAGUUUAGAUCCUUUCUCAGAGGGUAUUUUAUUCAGCGUAAUGCCUCCAAAGAAAAGCUGGAAAAAUAUUUCUAAUUUAUCUGGUGGAGAAAAGACACUAAGUUCUCUUGCACUUGUUUUUGCGCUUCAUCAUUAUAAACCUACGCCUUUAUAUGUUAUGGAUGAGAUAGAUGCUGCAUUGGAUUUUCGAAAUGUAUCUAUUAUUGCAAACUAUAUUAAAGAUCGAACUAAAAAUGCCCAACUUAUUGUCAUAUCCUUACGAAACAAUAUGUUUGAACUUGCAGCAAGAUUAAUUGGUAUAUAUAAGACUGAAAAUAAGACAAAAAGUGUUACGUUAGAAAACAAAUUAUAAUUUUAAAGCAUAACAUUAACUAUUGUAUUAAUACACAAAUGUUUAAUAACCAGACUUUGUUUUAGAUAUAAAAUAUGUAAUUUACAUAAAAGAGUUUUUAAAGUAAAAAAGAGAAUUUAUAAACCAAUAAAGCAUAAGGCUAUGAGUAAUGCAAACUCUCAGACAUCCAAGGAAGGAUUGGUUUCACCGUACGACUUAAAUAUUGGGUUCAAGCGCCGUACUCCACUGGAAACUGCGAAUGUAAAGAUAAUAGUUGCAUCAUUGAGUCUGCACUUUAGCACAAAUGCAUAGUUCUAUAAUAAACAGUAAUGAGUUAAGAUUACUUCCUAUGAUAAUGGAAGUA